AUGUCUGGAGGCAAGUCUAUCAUUGUUUUAGGCGCCGGGGUUAUCGGGCUGACCACGGCCUUGAAGAUCCAGGAGCAGGAGGGCUAUCAGGUUACGAUUGUAGCUGAAAUCUUUCCUACCGAUCCAAAGUCUAUCAAAUAUACCAGUCAGUGGGCGGGGGCCCAUCAUGUGAGCUUUGCAUCUUUGGAUGACCCUCGCCAUGCUCUCGACGUGCAGACGUUCCACGAAAUGUGGAAGCUUUCUGAAGCCGGAGAAGCUGAAGGUUGCUUUAUGAGACUCCAACAAACCGAAUACUUUGGGUACCCCAGGUCCGAUCCCAGUCCUCUCCAGCACAUGCCCGAGUUCCGCAAGCUCUCGAAAGAGGAACUCAUCGAAGGCGCUCAAGGUGGUGAAACUUUCCAAACCAUCACAAUCGACACCCCUCUCUACCUCAACUACCUCCUCACCAAGUUCCUCUCCCGUGGCGGCAAGAUCGUCCGAGGUUCUGUCCAACACCUCUCCCAGCUCGCCGAGAACGGUGUGACGCCCUUCCUCGAAGCUUUCCAACGCAAAUACCGAGAUGCUACACCCACACCCCCCGACGCCAUCGUCGUAUGCGUCGGGCUCGCGGCUAGACAUUUGGGUGGUGUGGAGGACCAUGACAUGUACCCGAUUCGAGGACAGACGGUGCUGGUUAGGGCCCCGUGGAUCAAGUUUGGGAGGACAUGGAGUCAGGACAAGACGUGGACAUACGUUAUUCCAAGGAGGAGUGGGGAUGUGAUUUUGGGUGGGACGUUGGGUGAGGACGAUUGGUACCCUACACCUCGUCCGGAGACGACGCGUGAUAUCCUCGAACGUACUUUGAAGUUGUGCCCGGAGCUCGUGCCUCCUAAUCUUCGGAAGGGGGAGGUACCGACGGUUGAGGAGCUUCUGCCUCUGGUCGUCGAGGAAGGCUGUGGGUUCAGGCCAGGGAGGAAGGGUGGCUUGCGGAUCGAGGCAACUGAGAUUAAGACGUCGCCUUCCAGUGACAAGAAGAUUCCUGUCAUCCACAACUACGGACAUGCUGGAUCAGGUUACAUUGCGUCUUUCGGAUCUGCAGCCAAGGUCGUUGAACUCUUGAACAAGGCCCUUGGUCGAGUCUAG